AUGGAGGAUGGCGGUGCUGAGCCGGUAGUCGACGUCGAUUCCGCGCGCGAGUGGAAGAUUGACCGGCAGCGGGUGGAUCUGGACAUUGAUUUUCCCGGGCGCACCAUCAAAGGCAGUACCGAGAUCACCAUUUUGCCCCAGAUCCGCGACCUGAAGCACAUUCGUCUGCAUGCUCGUCAAUGCCGGCUCACUUCCGUGCAAAUUGGCGGCAUCGCUUCCAAAUGGGAGCACCACGACCCAUAUCGGAGGAGCACGCGGCUGGAGACGGCGACGGUGCACCAACACCAGAUGGUCAAGGAGCGUCUGCAGCACCCCUCAUCUCYGCGUCCCAACCCGGAGCCCACUCUGGAGAUUGCUCUCCCACCACGACUCAAGAUCCAAGAGCUGCGUCAAGAGUCGGCCGUGGCGGCCAACAUCCCUCCAGCGUUACAGCGCACCGAGAGCGAUGUCCUCGCUGCCGAAACUCUCCUUCAAGGCGACGUCCCGCAGUUUGCUCCGAUCAAGCUGACCAUUGAAUUCGAGGUGGACAACUUCCGUGACGGCAUUCAUUGGGUGGGAUGUGAGGACGGUGACCGGCGGUAUCCAUAUCUCUACACCAAAAUCGCUCCGUGGGCUGGCAAUACCUCGUGUAUCUUCCCAUGUCUCGAUGAUUCCACGUCCAAAUGUAAUUGGGAAAUUGCCAUUCGGUGCCCGCGCACACUUGGAGACGCCUUUCGGGUGCCCAAACAGGGCGCAGAUCACGCUGCAACAAACGGAGACGUGGAAAUGGCGAAUGGAAUGGUCAAGGAGCCAGCCGAUGAAGACGAAUUCUACAUCAACCUCAACGAAGAAGACGCCGCUUUGGAGCUGACUGUCCUCUGCGUGGGCGACGUCUCCGACGAUUCGCCUGAUCCAGAGGAUGAAACUCGACAUACAGUCACUUUUGCCAUGGCGAAUCCCUUCGCUGCACGUCACGUUGGCUUCGCCAUUGGUCCUUUUGAGCACGCCGACCUCACCAUGUCUCGCACAAACGAGGAUGAGUUAUCACUCAAGGGCACUGCCAUCAAACUCGACGGCUACUGCCUGCCAGGUCGUUCACAUGAGCUGGAGAAUACAUGUUUCCCGCUUUGCCAAGCCGUUGAUCAGAUGUCUCCCAAGUACGGUACAUUCCCCUUUGCAAGCUACAAAUUCUUGUUUGUGGACGACCUCGUCUAUGAAACCGCCGCUGCCGCCGGUUUCUCCAUCUGCAGCAAUCGUCUCCUCUUUCCACAAGACAUCAUCGAGCCGCYGGAUCGCAACACGCGCAUACUGGUCCGCGCCGUCGCUGAUCAGUGGUGUGGUGUCAACAUCAUUCCCAAGGAGCCUUCCGACACCUGGGCAAUCGCCGGCAUCGCUGGCUACAUGACCGAUCAGUAUAUGAAGAAGCUGGCUGGGAACAAUCAAUACCGAUGGGAGCAGAAGCUGGCGUCUGACAAGGUCUUUGAUCUGGACGCAGACCGUCCAUCCAUCCACCAACUGGGGGCCCUCCUCCACAUCGAUCCGUCAGUCCGAGAGUUUCUUGAUCUCAAGUCCGCUCUCGUACUCGCGAUUCUGGAUCGUCGUCUCGUCAAAUCGAGUGGCUCCACCGGAGUUGCACGAAUCAUAAACAAAAUCUUUCUCAAUGCCAAAGUCAACAACCAGCUCAAUGGUGAGUUGUCUACACAGGAAUUCCAACGCACCUGCGAGCGUCUCGGUCACAACAAGUUGGAGUCGUUCUUCCGUCAGUGGGUGAUGGGUGCCGGCUGUCCCAUAUUCCACGUCACUCAGCGAUUCAACAAGAAGAAGCUUGUCGUCGAGAUGACCAUCACUCAAAAGCAGCUGCAUCGCCAAACAAAGCCCAUUUUCGCGCCAGAAAACUUCAUGCGCGAGAUCAAGGAGCACGUCCAAGAGGUCUGGGCGCCAGAAACUCAAAAUGUCUUUACCGGACCCAUGACGAUCCGCAUCCACGAAGCAGACGGCACGCCGUAUGAACACAUUGUCGACAUCAAAGAGCCCGUCACGAAGCUCGACAUUCCUUACAAUACUAAGUACAAACGUCUGAAGAGAUCGCGACGGCAAAAGGAGAGAGCCGCGGCGGAAGGACAGCCUACCGCCGAGGGGGAGGACGCUCUCCUCUACUCACUGGGAGAUGUUCUUGAUACUGCGGCUGAAGUCAACGAGUGGGGACUAUCGGAGUGGACGCCCGAGGACGAAGAUAAAAUGAGCAACGAAUCUUAUGAAUGGAUCCGCAUGGACGCCGACUUCGAGUGGAUUGGCAAGAUUCAUCUCGAGUKUCCACUUUACAUGUACGUCUCCCAGCUGCAACAAGAUAGGGAUAUUGUUGCGCAACACGAGAGCAUGCAGCACAUCCUCCGCUCGCAUCCGCAUCAAGUCAGCCAUACGAUUCUCGUCAGAACGCUGUUUGAUGAGCGAUACUUUCAUGGCAUCCGCGUCAUGGCAGCCGAAGGCCUUGCUCUUCUCGCCAAGGAUGCACUGCUCGAGGUCGGACAGCGUCAUCUCAUGAAGACGUUUGAACACUUCUUCUGUGAUGAGAACUCCGUCAUGCCGCGUCCGAAUGACUUCUCCAACCGAAUCACCUUCAUCAUGCAAUGCGCCAUCCCCAAGGCCAUGGCUCAAUUGCGAGACGCUGAAAACCGCGUGCCGAGGGCUGUCAUGCAAUUUUUCGUGGACAAGCUCAAGUUCAACGACAAUUCCGAUAAUGCCUUCUCGGAUUGUCACUAUGUCAGUCAGCUCAUGACGUGUUUAUCAGACAGUCUUGUCGCCUCUCAUCGCGAGGUGGCUCCCGUCUAUCACUUUGCUUUCGGCGAGGAUGACGAACCGCUUGAGCCGGAGAACCCCGACGCGGACUUUGAGAGCAUGGCCGUUGGUGAGAUUGAACGUUAUAGGCGUAUCGACGAGUGGAUCAACACGUACCAAAAUGUGUACUCCACCACCGCCCUGCGGUGCCUGCAAAAGCUGACCGCCGCGGGAGUCGUCAAGAACAAGACAAAGGAGCUGAUGCAGUACACCUUGCCCUCCACUGCUCCCAAUGUCCGGCUCGAGGCUUUCCGCUGUCUGAUUGAGAUGGGCCUGACAAAGAAGAAGGACAGUGCGAUGAUGCGCCAUCUGCUUCACCAACUUGUCGACGACCCAUCUCCAUACUUCCGUGAUGGACUUUUGCACCUGCUCGGAGAAGCGCUGGGCCACAUUGCUCUCGAUAACGACGAUGGCACUGGAGCUACAGCUGCUCUUCCUCCAGCUACAGACGGCCUUGUCCUGGAGCAAGAAGCUAGCAAUGCUGCUGAGCUUCGUCGAAUCGAAGCAACUCGGCGUAACACGCCAGAGGGAGCAAUCGAGAAGCUGAAGUCGGUGUUGCAGCACGACGAGACCUUUAAGAAAGCGCUCUGGUAUGCUGUCACGUCUCCAUUCAUCUCCAUCGACGAGACUGCGGCAUUUUGCGACAUUGCAGCGCUCAUUUACGCGCCUGUUCGCUCCCAAACUGUGGUGUUGAAGCUGCCGCGACCUUACAAAGCGGUCCACCAAGGCAAGGGCAAGAUCAGAUUCUAUCAGGAUGUCAAUCGCCCGUUCCGCACUAGGCCUUGUCUCGGGCUGGAUGUGGAAGACUACGAGGGUCUUGAGGUCCUCAAAUUACGCUAUUCUGGUCCUCUCUCCGACGGUGUCACAGCCAUGCGGAACCAGCGCAGCGCUGAAAAAGCAGCUGCUCUGCAGGAUCAGAUUUCCCGCGUUGGGCAGGACCUCACGAAAGUGCAAUCUCACGGUCCAGCUCAAAUGCCACCGCCUGCUCCUCCAGCUCUCAGCAUUUUAACAAGUGGGCAUGGCUUGUCGACUUCAGGAGGCACAGGUACACCCAAGUCUGGUAUCAAGCUCAAUCUGCUUGCAGGCUCCAAGAGGAAGCAGUCCAUUGAUCUGGGCGCCACGAAUGGCGGAACUCCAAAGACGAUCAAGAUCACCAAUGGUUCGAGCGCUGGGUCCGCCCCAAGUGGAAACGCUGGUUCCGCAGCCUCGCCAAUGCCUGUGAAGAAGGUCAWGCUACCCACGCCAUCUACAAUGAAACCAGGAAAGAAGAUGGUCAUUUUCAACCUUGGCAUUUCCGCUUCGAGGCGCGCYCAGGCCAUCAUCGAUGCUCCGGCUCAAGAGGGACGCAUGCCCAAGCUAGAUCCACCUGCAAAUUACAAGCUCAUCACAUUCAAGGCUCGAACUCCAAGCCUUCCCGUUCCUAAGAGUACCAGCGUCAGCACUUUCACCGCUCCACCUCCGAAUUUGAAUGUUGGUGCUUUCAGGAGUUUUGGAGGAGGAGAUGUGUCCGCAUCCCCUUCGUUCCCGAGCAGCGGGUUCACUCCGACCGGGGCUUCUCCGACGGCCUUUGCGGGUAGUCCCCCUCCAGCUUCGUUGACGAGUCUCACGGCGCCAUCGUCGCAGCCGUCCAAGGGAAUCACCAGCUUGAGCGCUAGUCCGCCGGCGCCAAGUCUUUCGAAUGGCGGCGGUGCUUCUUCGAUGGCUCCCCCACCUCCUAAAAAGAAGCUGACGCUCAAAUUGAGCGCGAGCAAGCCUGCGAGCGCCAAUGCCAGUCCUGGACCCAGUCCUAGUCCGAAGGGGAGCCCUGGAUCAACGGGUGYGUAG